AUGCUUCAGGAGUUCCAGGUCAACAUUUCAUAUUGGAAGGCGUGGAGAUGCAGGGAACUGGCAUUGGAGAAAGCAUUUGGAUCAGUCUCUGGAAGUUUCGCAUUGCUCCCUUCUUAUUUGAAGAAUCUGCAGAACUCUAACCCUGGGACAGUUUGCAAAACAGAGUUCGGUGUGGACAAAAAUGGUUGUCAAAGAUUCAAGUACCUAUUCAUAUCGUUUGCUGCUUCAAUAGCUGGACUCCAAUACUUAAGACCGGUGGUGAUUAUUGAUGACAGACACGGGAGCAUCUACUCUGGUCUCAAAAAGGUGUACCCUGCUGCCGGCCAUGGGGCGUGCCUUGUUCACCUAGCAAGGAACAUCACCGCACGGUUUAAAGAAAUCCGGUUGCCUGGUCUGAUGGUCUCAGCUGCUAAAGCGUAUACUGUUUACGAGUUCCAACAGAUUUUUGCAGAUCUACAAAGCGUAAGUCCUGGCUGUGCGAAUUACUUCUCGGAUUUAGGCCUACCACACUGGACGCGGGCAUACUGCAUCGGCGAACGGUACAACGUUAUGACUACAAAUGUUGCCGAGUCUCUCAACAAAGUCUUGAAAGAGUGUAGGGAAUUCCCACUAAUCUUGAUGCUUGAGGCCAUCUGGAUGAGUCUUAUCAGCUGGUUUGUAAGGAGGAAAGCUGCUUCCGCGGCACAGCAACAUGGUAUCAAUCCGGAAGUCCGUGACCUGAUGGACGAUAACUUUUAUAGUUGCACCGAGUUAAAGGUGGUUGUGGUCGAAAGGAUGAGUACGAAGUUUAAAACAGACAGGGGAAAAGCUUCUUCGUGCAGCAAAAUUGAGCUUGAUAAGCUUGUGGGGAGGUGUACACCACAAGAGGCGUUCAAGGAAGACGGCGAGGAUUUGCAGCAGGUGUCUUGGAAAGGGUCACAACAGAGCUUCAUGCAAACUUCUGGUGCAUGA